AUGCCUCUCAUAAUCCUCACCGGCUACCCCUCAUCAGGGAAAACCCAUCGCGCCACACAACUCCAGACAUAUCUUAACACACAAAUAUCCAGCCUUCCCAAGGAAUCACCAAAUGCCUCUCUCCGAGUCCAUCUCAUAUCCGACCACACACUCGCCAUAUCCCGCAAUGUUUACAACCUCUCCACCAAAACACAACAUGAGCGCUCCAACAAUGCUUCAGAGAAGGAUGCGCGGGCGACCAUCUACGCCGCUGCCAAGCGUGUGCUGAGCGACAAAGAUAUCGUUAUUCUCGAUGGAGCGAAUUACAUCAAAGGCUGGCGAUACCAGCUCUACUGUGAAGCAAAAGCAGUAAGGACCACGCACUGCGUGGUACACGUUGGCACGGCUGUGGAGAAAGCAAGGAGUGUAAAUGAAGAACGAUUAGCCAGGGAAGGUGAAAUCAAGGAAGAAGACUUACCAUACGAGAAAGACUGUUGGGAGAAUCUUGUGUACAGAUACGAAGAACCGAAUGCUUUUACCCGGUGGGACAGUCCUCUGUUCACGGUCGUGUGGGAAGAUGACCGUCCGCCUUGUGAAGCGAUUUGGGAUUCACUUGUGGGAUCUGAAAAUGGGAAGAAAGUUGUUCGACCGAAUCAAGCUACGGUCUUGAAAGCGCCUAGUAGCGAGGAUUAUCUUUACGAGUUGGAUAAGGCUACACAAGGUAUUCUGAAUAAGAUUUUGGAAUGGUCGAAGGACCAUCCUGGUGAAGGCGGUGGGGAAGUUAAUGUUGGAGAAGCCGCGGAUGAGUUAUUGGUAGAGUUACCCGCGAACCCUAUUGGACUGCCAGCGCUUCAGAGGAUGAGGAGGCAGUUUAUUUCACUCAACAGACGAGAUGCUGUACCUGUGAAGAGGAUCAAGGAGAGUUUCGCUGGCUAUUUGAAUGAUGCAUUUGAAGCGGCAUAG